CAACUGUUUCCUCAUGCCGAUGAUUUGUUGCUGUGCACGUUGAAGUGUGAGACUUAGAUACUAUUUAAGUUAACUGUAUUCAUUUAGGUUUUACUUUUGAAUUUAAUCGCUGUAAAUUAGCGUUAAAGGCGCCGGUUAUUUAGAGGCUGUUUGCGUCAACCGUUACGUUAGCUGUUAGCUUGUUAGCAGGGCUGGUUAUAUUGCAUUUACUGUUGGAGCAAAGCAUACUACACCAGCUGUUUAUUUUGGCAAUAGUAACAGAGAGAAAAUAAGGAUUGGAGAAAGCCAGUGAAGGUGUGAUGGAAAAGGCAGCGGAGGAAACUGUUGAAAAGAAGACUGAUGUAACUGUGAAGGGUGAAGCUUCCCUUAAACCACAAUUCUUGACCACCAAAGAAAAAUUUCACGAGUUUGUUGACUCUGAGUGGCAGAGCUUAAGAGGAGAAAAGGCCAGUGAAAAUGAUAAGGUUGAGGAGACAAAUGACACACCUGCUGAGGAACCUGAGACCAAGAAGCUCAAACUAGAUCCUGAGGAGAGGUAUAAAGGCGACAGACCGGAUGGUAAACGUGUUCGGGGGCAGAAUAAGUCAAGGCCUCACACAAAGCCUACUGCAUAUGAUGAAAAACGACUUUGUCUCUCCGUCAUUCAGGACAACAGGGAAUGUCCCUAUGGAGACAAAUGCCAGUUUCACCAUGACGUAGCCAAGUACUUGGCCAGCAAACCCGCUGACAUCGGGGAAAGCUGCUACCUCUACGACACAUUUGGAAAGUGCGGUUAUGGUCUGUCCUGCCGCUUCGCCAAGGCACACACUACAGCCGACUUCAAAACCAUGGAGAACGCAGAACUAGUUAAGGCCAAUGAGGGCAGGGUCACGGUGAAGAACAGCCUGAGCAAAGACCUCCAAAACCGCCUGAGGAAGCGUUCAGUGGCCUUCAAGAAGUCAGCAGAGUACCUCCAAAUACUUUCAAACAACAAAGACAAAAGAGAACAGCAAGGGAAUGGUGACACUCGUGCAGCUGAAGUAUCUACAGAUCCAGCUGGAGGCGAGCAGCAUGCGUCUGCUGAAGCUGAAACAACGUCCAGCCAAGAUAAACAGUCUCCAGUGAAAACUGUCGGCCCACUUACUGAUGUAGAUGUCAUCAAGUUGCGCCAGUGUGAAAAGAAACAGGUGGACUUUCAAGACAAGCUCUACCUCGCUCCUCUAACAACUUGUGGAAAUCUGCCUUUCCGUCGAGUGUGCAAGCGCUUCGGAGCAGACAUCACCUGUGGGGAGAUGGCCAUGUGCACGAACCUGCUGCAGGGGCAGCAGUCAGAGUGGGCCCUGCUGAAACGGCACGAAAGUGAAGAUGUUUUUGGCGUCCAGGUGGAGGGCUGCUUCCCCGACACCAUGACGAGGUGUGCAGAGCUCAUCAACAACAACACUGACGUCGACUUUGUGGACAUCAACUCUGGAUGCCCCAUCGACCUCGUCUACAAGAAGGGCGGAGGCUGCGGCCUGAUGACACGCACCCGAAAGUUUGAACAGAUAAUCAAGGGAAUGAACUAUGUGCUUGAUGUCCCUUUAACAGUGAAGAUCCGCACUGGUGUUCAGGAAAAGUCUAACAUAGCGCACAAACUCAUCCCAGAGAUGAAGAACUGGGGUGUCUCUCUGAUCACAUUGCACGGCCGAUCCAGGGAGCAGCGCUACACAAAGUUGGCUGACUGGGAUUAUAUCACCACCUGCUCCAAGCUGGCGAGUCCCGUCCCACUUUUUGGUAAUGGAGACAUUUUGUCCUAUGAAGAUGCCAUGAAGGCGAGAGAGACGGGAGUUUCUGGUAUAAUGAUUGCAAGGGGUGCUCUCAUUAAGCCCUGGAUCUUCACUGAAAUAAAGGAGAGCAGACACUGGGACAUCUCGUCCAGCGAGCGACUGGACAUCCUCAGGGAUUUCACUAACUUUGGUCUGGAGCACUGGGGCUCCGACACCCGAGGUGUGGAGAAGACCCGCAGCUUCAUGCUGGAGUGGCUCUCAUUCAUGUGCAGAUAUAUCCCAGUGGGCCUGUUGGAGCGAGUGCCUCAGAAGAUCAACGAGAGACCUCCGUACUACAUGGGCAGGAACUAUCUGGAGUCACUGAUGGCCAGUCAACAUGUUGGCGACUGGGUCAGGAUUAGUGAAAUGCUACUCGGACCUGUACCAAAGAAUUUCAACUUCUUGCCCAAACAUAAAGCCAACGCCUACAAGUGAUUUUCUCUGUGUCUGAACAACCAGGUCCUUUGAUUUGUGUUUAUUUUUUAUUGCCUCUAGAGAAUAAAAGAAAGAGAAGCUAUUGUUUUAAAUGAUAGACUUUUAAAUAUGUCUGUUUAUUUGACCUGUGGGGUGUUAGUGUACUUGAAAUAUAUGCAAUAAAU